AUUAAAAAAUAACGUGUCAAAUUGUUGACAAAUAAGCUGUUAAAGUUUUAGGAUUUACUGGAAUUUUUUUUCAAAUUAGUGUUAAAACCCUGGAAGGGAUCAGACGAGGGCCGGAACUACCGAAAAUGCCUGUCUUGGUGCAAACCAUUCUUCAUUGGGUGCUUCCACGCAGCGUAUGCGUAGUAGGGUGUGCUGAGUUUCGAGAAGAUUUAUUGUGGAAUUAUGGAAAACUCUGAAGAUUGUUUCCAGCCUGGAUUUGAUGGGAGGUGGAAAACGGUGGACUGGUUUCCUUAGCAUGAAAGAGGCCUGUUGGGAAACAUCCAUUGGAAACUGAUCAUCCAGUCCGUGCCUGAGGGACAUUUCCAUAUAUCACUCCAAAUUAGUCCAAAAAUGUGUUGUGCUCAGUCUUAGUGUUUUAAAUUUUAGAUUUUGGACCACCGCCUUGACUGGAAAAAUACAUAUAUAUGAACACGUCUCACCCAGCGAACAAUUCAUAGAGGUCAAAUGUAGCCAAAACAAGCUGCAGUAUGUCUGGAUAUUUUUCUGGAAAAUCGAAAUAUCAACAUUUAAGGAUGGAUCAUUGACAACAGUCCCCUUUAAUUGGGAGAGCACGAAAAUGAACUUGCAAAUUGCGAACUAACGAUCUUGAUAUAUUUGAAGAUUAAGAAUCAUUGGCUCGGAUUUCUAUGCGGAUUUUGAAUAAAAAAUUCAUAAGUAAGGUCAUCAAACCUACGAAAAAAGACAAUUUGAAAUGCAAAUCAAUCCAAUUAGCAUCUGGUAUGGUGCAUUAGAUUUUCGAAACGUCUGCGCUACCGGCGCUCAUGGCUUUUAAUGCACGAAUUUUGCAUUUUUUUGGCGGAUUCGAUUCCCGAAAAUCCACAGGCGGAUUGGCUGAUUGAUUAGGCAGCUUUUUGCUGAGCAUCAAAUGCCUAAUGAGCUUUGAAACCGAUGGAUUUUACCGUAAAUUGGAUUCCAAAAAAAACAUCGAUGCCCGUUAGUUUCGCUCAGUCUCUGCACCUGAAAAGACAUGCAAGACGAGAAAAUGGAAAAGAAAAAGUGGUCCGUACGAUCAUCUCGAUGUAAUGUCCGUCUGACCAGUGUAGUGGCCUAUUCAUAUUUAUAAAUUCCAGUGGUCUAGACACCUUAUAUAAUUCACAUACAUUUAAAUAUGGCCAUCGAGCCAAGUACGAGAUAAUAAGAACUUUGUGAAUCGAGAGUCAGGCGACUGCGACGUUUCAAUUAAAUGCUCAAAACAGGGAUAUGGGUGAAGAAAGUUUGUCAUUUCUUGCUCGAUUUUCUUCUUUAAAAUCAUUAAUUUUCUUCACUUCUAAUGCCAAAAGCUAGUCAAUUAUGCAAAAGAAUGCGCGGAAUUUUUGGAAAACACACCUUUCAGCUCUGCCGGGAAAAACUGCUACAUUUAUGUUUCUUUAAUGUUAGGUAGGAUAAGAAAAUUCACUAUUCAAACCGCGCGAUUGCAAAACACGCAUUAUGUAAAAGUCCAGACGUUGUAAAUCCAAAUUAGGCAUUGUUUCUUAGUUCAUUCACAAUUUCCAUUGAUUCAUUCUGCAGGCAAAUAGGUCGUUGGCCAUUUCGAAUGGCAUUAAUUUCAUCGGCUUCUUGUCGAACAAAUUUAUAGGAACAUUAUUUACGAAUUGAUUGAUUAAUUCGAGCCUUAUCAAGUAUGUACGCAUUUACCUACUAUUACGCCAAUAAAGCUAAAAUCUAAUAACCGGAUGCAGUAAGCGAGUUGGGAAACAGGCCAAGUUUUUGCUGAUUCUCAAAAGUGCUUUCCUGGAAGAACCAGUUUUAACUAUCGUCUGCGCUAUGAGGUGUUUUAUUAGAAAAAAUCCAGCGAUUGCGAACAAACAAUAAUUGCUUAAUAACUAAACUAAUAGACCCGAGCAACAAUUCCAGUUACAACUGGUAACUUCCACUAUAGGCUAGUCGCUAGGGAACAAUUUGAUCGAUAUUGUCACACAACAGCAAUGGAAGCAUCUUCUGCUCUUGGAAAAACCGAUGAGGAAUUUUGCAACUUCAUGCACAGAGUAACUGAGGUUGAAAGCAUUAUUAAAAAACUGGCUUCGAGCGACAGGGAAUUGCAAAACAUCGGCAAUGAAGAAGCCAAAAAGUACCUGGCGGAACAGCCCAUCUUGGAAAAUAUCGAUGAAGAGAAGGUUGCGCUGAAGAUAACAACGAAUCGAACGAUUGUAAACCAGAAAGCUUUGCAAAGCGACGGAAAAAGCCCAAACGAGAUGUCUCAAGAGGCUUUUAUGGAAGAAGUAUCACAGGACGCAGACAAGCGGUAUAAAGACAGACUAGUCCGACAAGAGAAAAUGGAGACUUUCAAGAAACAAGCCGCCCUGUCCUUUAGAAGAGGCGACUACGAAAGAGCCCUGGUCCUUUACAAUAAAGCAAUAGAACAAGUCAAAGACAGCGUCUUGCUUUACAACAAUAGAGCUCUUACUAAAAUCAAGUUGGGUCUCUUUGAACAGGCAAAAAGUGACCUGAAGAACUGGGCUUUGAGGUUGAACGAGGACUGUCUGAAAUCCUGGUUAUUGCUGGCCAAGACGAACUUUUUAAGUGGAAAUUCUGGCGAAUAUGAAGAAUGCAUUUCUCAAGCGAAAAAAAGAAAUCCUGGCGAUAUACAGUUUAUUAAAGGUGCAAUAUUAGAUUAUGCAAGGAAAAUGGAGGAUUAAUUCGCUCGCCUGUUGCCAGCGAAUGUAGCCAGUUUAGGGAAAGAUUGCUGAAUUAAUCACAUGAAAUAUAUACAGGGUGUCUGUACAAUGUGAAUAAAAAUCCUGACACAUCUA